ACAACAGGUUAAAAGCACUGAGAAACAUGUGAAGGACUUGGCUGCACCUUGUUUAAGUAGCUGUAGGAUAUUGUUUUGACCUCUUAAUCUGAACUCAGCUCCAACGUCAGCAGUUAUAGUCAAUAACUAGAUCUGAGCAGGACUGUGAGGAAGCAGCCGAUCGCAAACGAUGGAGAAAGGAGGACAGAGGCUCAACCUGAAGAGGGAAGUGGGGAUAUUAGGAGCAGUGUCCUUCAUCGCUGGAACCAUGAUGGGAUCUGGGAUCUUCAUAUCGCCCCAGUAUGUGCUGUCUAAUAUUGGCAGCCCUGGGGCCAGCAUGAUUAUAUGGGCCUGCUCUGGGUUGGUGGCCAUGCUGGGGGGCCUCUGCUAUGCCGAACUGGGCACAGUGAUACCAGAGUCCGGGGGAGAGUACAUCUACAUGCUGCGGACAGUGGGGAAAGGAGUGGCGUUCAUGUUUGUCUUCAGCUUCGUCAUGGUCAUGAGGCCCGCCAGUGCCACAGGAAUCGCCUUGAGUUGUGCUGAAUACGUCGUGGCCGUGUUUUACGAUGGCUGCGCCCCCCCACAGGUGCUGGUGAAGUGCGUCGCUGCAGCGAUCAUCAUAGUGCUUGCCAUCGUUAACUGUCUGAGCGUGCGCCUGGCCACCGGCAUCCAGGUGGUGACCAUGGUCGUAAAGGUGCUGGCCCUGGCAGUGAUCGUGCUCGGAGGCAUUGUCACGCUCUUCCAGGGAAACGCACAGAACUUUGACGGGUCAUUCGAGGGAACAAAUGUUGGCGUCAAUUCCAUUGGUGUUGCUUUCUAUCAGUGCUUGUGGUCCUAUGACGGCUGGAACACUUUGAAUUAUUUAACUGAGGAGCUGAAACAUCCAGAAGUAAGUUAA